AUGUCUAAGGCUCGCUCAGCUGCAGCUGGCGCUGACCAGAUCGUGAAGCUUAUCGUGGAAGCGGGUAAAGCUUCACCAAGUCCGCCGGUUGGUCCCGCGCUUGGAAGUAAAGGUGUGAAAUCUAUGGAUUUCUGUAAGGAAUUCAAUGCGCGAACGGCACAUAUACUCCCGGGAACGCCCAUGCCAACCCGAGUUACGGUACGAGCAGAUCGAUCAUUCCACUUCGAUGUUCGGACACCACAAACCUCUUGGUUCCUCAAAAAUGCGGCUGAUUUACCGAUGGGCAAGAAAGGAAAGAGAAAGGCAGCAAGCAGGCCUGGCCACGAGAUAGCGGGUACGGUCACCAUGAAACACGUCUACGAAAUCGCGAAGGUAAAACAAACUGAGUUGCGACUCUCCGUUCUUCCUCUACGAAGUAUUUGCAAAUUGGUCAUCACUCAAGCCAAGUCAAUGGGUAUUGCUGUCGUUGCGUAG